AUGGCUUCCGAUUCUGAACUGGCACCUGCAUCCCAUUCCGACCAAACAUUUGAUGUUCUGGUAAUUGGAGCUGGAAUAAUCGGGUUGAGCAUAGCCCGGCAGUUCCUGAUCGGGUCGGACCUAUCCGUCGCCGUAAUCGACAAGGCUGUCCCUUGCUCCGGUGCCACCGGAGCUGGCCAAGGCUAUAUAUGGAUGGCAUCCAAAACAGUUGGCAGCGAGGGUUGGGAGCUGGCUCUGAGAAGCCAGAAGCUCUGGGAGGAAUUGGCUGAGAGUUUGAAAGAUCAAGGCUUGGACCCUUUACAAUUAUUGGGUUGGAAAAAAACAGAACCCCGGAGGAGUCCUGACAAGUUAAAAAGGAUGGUAAAGCAGCAAUGUGAAGCUGGGUUAAGAGCAGAGUACUUGUCUGCCAGUGACUUGCAUGUGAAGGAACCUGAACUCAUGGUUGAUAAAGAUACUGGGGCUGCCUUUCUACCUGAUGAUAGCCAACUGAAUGCCCGUCGCGCUGCUGAAUUUCUUGAAAAGGGCAACAGGCAUUAUUCAUCAAAGGGUAGAUAUGCAGAGUUUUAUAAUGAUCCAGUGAUAAGUUUGUUAAGGUCUGGUGGCAGUGGGGAGUUUAAGGCUAUUAAGACUUCUAGGAAUAUCUUGCACAGCAAGAAGGCCAUUGUAGUGGCAGCUGGUUGUUGGAGUGGCUCUUUGAUGUCUGAUCUGCUCAGAGAAUCAGAAAUUGUCCUGGACAUCCCCGUGAAACCGCGAAAGGGUCACCUUCUAGUGCUGGAGAAUUUUAAUUCCUUUCAACUCAAUCAUGGUCUGAUGGAGGCAGGAUAUAUUGAUCAUCAUCAUACUGCAGUUCCGCUUCCAAGCUUAUCAACUUCCGGGUUGCUUGAUGAUCAUGAUGGGCAAGCCUUGUCUGUAUCAAUGACAGCCACUAUGGAUACAAUGGGGAACAUUGUUCUUGGGAGCAGCCGCCAGUUUGCUGGUUUCUGCACUGAAGUGGAAGAAUCCAUCGUUAACCGCAUAUGGGAGAGGGCGGGGGAGUUCUUUCCCAAAUUGAGAGAGAAGCCCCUCUCUGAUUUCAGUACGAGCAGAGAAGUGAGAGUAGGAUUAAGACCUUACGUGCCUGACGGGAAGCCAGUGAUCGGGCCUGUGCCUGGUUUGGCCAACGUGUUCCUUGCAACCGGGCAUGAAGGGGAAGGACUUACUAUGGCUCUAGGAACCGCCGAAAUGCUUGCGGAUAUGGUGCUAGGCAAUCCUCAAAAGGUCGAUUCUGCGCCGUUUGCUGUUCAUGGUCGAUUUUGA